AUGUCGAGUAGCAAGCUUCCCAGGGUUGCAGCUCUCCGCAGACAGCAACUUCGUCUUGAGUUCGCGAGUAUCAAGGUGUCUCCUCCAGUUGGAGUAUACGUGAGCCUUUCUCCAAGUGAUCCAGCCCUAUGGUCUGGUGUACUGUUUGUUCAGAAAGGUACAAUGCGCUUGUUCCAAGCUAGGCUACCUACCAUAAUUUCGAGUCUAAGCAGCGUAAUAGGUCCCUAUGCAUCGGCCAUUCUUCGAUUUCAGAUCCGAUUCCCGCCCUUAUAUCCUGACCUCCCACCGCUCGUUACGUUUACUACUCCUAUAUUCCACCCUCUAGUUGUACCUUUGACUACACAGACAUACUCGAACCGGCCGUCUGAUCUUGAUUCUGUAACGGGAACAAUUGAAGAGCAGCUACCGCCUGGUGGGUUUAGCCUACGGCAUGGUUUCCCACAGUGGUUUAUAAAGACCGAACGGAGCAACGUUGGCUCUCUUUCAUCAUCUAGAAGUACAAGUGGUCAAAAACCGGGGAAUAUUGGCGUUCACGUAGAGCAGGACAGCGGCCUGGUAGAGAGUAGUACUGAUGAAAUCAUCAGCCGGAUUUCACCUCUUCCCUGCGACAUACAGGACCCAAAAAAAUCUGGCGUUACUGACGUUACUGCCUUGGAUCUCCUUGAGUAUAUCCGUUCAACAUUUGACGACGAAACUGUUUUGGAUUCAAUUCCACUGGAGGCUACAGGGUGUCCAAAUGCAUGGCAUGCUUGGAGUGCACAUCGUCGUCAUCCACGGACAGGACCAGCAACUGAACGCCGAUCCAGCAAGGAUGCAGGAGUCAGUUCUCCCUCGACACUGGGGCGAACUUUGAGUCCGGACAGUAUACAGAGAAGCAGCCCACAGGCCCGUUCACCCGGCGAGUGGAAUUGGGAAGGUGUCUGGCUAAAGAGAGUUAAGGAGAAUAUUCAUCAUAGCUUUCUCGAAUCGGUACUGUUUGGGAGCUCGUCUCGAGCUGGAAGUUCAGGGGAUGACAUGGUAAGAAUGACCCGUUUCAAAUACGUUUUAGAAUGUCAUUCCCCUUAUGCAUCUACUUAG